AUGGGCUGGGAACCCUGUGAGAGCUGGAUCCCCAAGGUCAUCAAAAAGAGAGUUUGCACAACGUUCAUAGAGGACUCCUUUAGCAAUGGUGUGUUGUGUCAGUGUGGGGGUGUGCGGGAGACACACUGCUCCAUAGCUACAGGAGACUAUUUCGGGGUGGCCAUCGUCAGCCAGUGGGACAGCUCUCAGCACUCCUCAGAGUACCCCACCAACGCCUUCGGAGAGUUGGAGUUCGCAGGGGCCGGGAGUAGGCACAGCCAUUUCCUGCGUCUGUCAUGCGACACCCCACCUCAUAUCAUGUACAGCCUGAUGACGGCCCAUUGGGGGGUGCCCUCCCCCAACCUGGUGGUUUCUGUGGUGGGGGGGGGGAGGGGUCACGAGAAGGUCAAGACCUGGGUCAGGGAGGUGCUGAGACAGGGGCUGGUCAGGGCGGCACAGAGCACAGGGGCGUGGAUUGUGACAGGGGGGCUGAGGGAGGGGGUGGGCCGUUGUGUUGGGGAGGCAGUGAGGGAUCAUGUGGCGGCGGCCUCCUCCCUGUCCCAGAAGAAAGUGAUCGCUGUGGGUGUGGCCCCCUGGGGCCUCGUGCACAACAGACAGUGUCUCGUCAACGCUGAGGGUAGUUUUCCAGCACGGUAUUAUGUCCAGAACACGUCCCAUGAUUCGUGCUCCCUGGAUGGUAACUACCAGGCCUUCCUGCUGGUGGAUGAUGGGAGUGUAGGCCGGCGGGGAGGGGAGAUGGCCUUCAGGGCCAAGAUGGAGGACUACAUCUCCCACCAACGCACAGGCAUCUGGGGUAGUGGCAGUAUAGAUGUCCCUGUAUUGUGUAUGCUCAUCUCAGGGGAAGCUGCCAUGCUGGAGAGGGUGGAUCUCUCACUGAAGAAGGCUACUCCCUGGCUGGUGUUGAAUGGUUCUGGUCCAGCGGCGGACCUUAUCUGUGAGCUGCUGGAUGCCCUGUCAGCCAUGCCCAUGAGCCCCACCUCUCCCCUGCAGGAGGGUGAGGGGAGCGAGAAGCCCAGUGUGGAGCUGCGUGACAGGGCCCGUGAGAGGGUCCGGAGAUACUUCCCUGCCAAGGCAGACCUGGAGAAGCUUGUGGACAGGGCUCUGAGUAUCUAUAAAAACAGAGAUCUGAUCACAGUGUUCCACGGGGAGCAGGAGAGUCCUGAUGAUUUUGACACGGUGCUACUGAAGGCUCUCGUCAGAGCUAGUAAACGUGUGUCAAGUGAUGCCAGUGAGUACACAGAGGAGCUGAAGCUAGCAGUAGCCUGGAACAGGGUGGACAUCGCUAAGAGUGAACUCUUCAACGGAGACAUCAAAUGGAAGUACGAGGACCUGGAGGACUCCAUGACGGAUGCGCUGAUCAACGACAAGCCCCAGUUCAUACGUCUCUUCAACGAGAACGGCCUCAACAUCCUGGACUACCUAACUUACAGGCAUCUGGAGGUCCUGUACCGCUCGCUGUCCGACAGUUCUCUGGCCUACACGCUGCUCCAGCGGCUUCUCACAGAGAGGCAGGGCCUGGCCGGAUACCUGCCUACUGCUGCCUGCUCUCCGAAAGAGGCCUUAGCCCUCAAGAGCCCCCAGAGCCCCAUGAGCCCCCUAUCAGGACCCUCCUCUGCCAAAGAGCUCAGCUUGUAUGAGGUGUCACGGCUUCUAUGGGACAUCCUGGGAGAUGUGUGUGAGCCCUUCUACUACAGCCUUCUGGGUUUGGACCAGAGCACCAGCACCAGGAGAGCAAUGAAGCAAGUGAAUCAGUUGUUGCUGGGGGAUUGUUCGUACAGGGAGCAGAGCUGUCUCUAUCCGUGGGCCUCUCUGUUCAUCUGGGCUGUGCUGCAGAACCGCAGCGAGAUGGCUGUCUACUUCUGGGAGAUGGCAGGGGAGUCUGUCCACAGUGCUCUGACAGGCUGUAAGAUUCUGAGAGAGCUGUCUAAACUGGAGAGUGAGACAGAGACCAAGCUCUCUAUGAAUGUGCUAGCCCAGAAGUUUGAGAACUUGGCCCAUGACGUGUUCAGUGAGUGCUACCAGAGCAGUGAGAGCCGCUCUUUCACCCUCCUUAUAAGGAAGUCUCCGGUGUGGGGCGGAGCUACCUGUCUGCAGAUGGCCACCUCAGCCGACGCACGCCACUUCUUCAGCCACGAUGGCGUGCAGUCUCUGCUGUCUCAGAUCUGGUGGGGAGACAUGAAGAGGAGCACGAAGGUCUGGAAACUGGUCCUCACCUUCUUCUUACCCCCCCUCAUCUACACCAACCUUAUCAGCUUCAGGUUAGUGGAACAUGAGGAAGAGGUGAAGUCUGAGGAGGUGCCUCAUGGUCGAGACACAGAGAGUCUGGACGGAGGAGAUGCCACUAUGUUCUCCCUCUCCGACAUCAUGCAAACGGAAGAGGAUGUCGAGGAAUAUGCUGCUCUAAGGGCCAAUCUGAAAAGUGCCCCCUCCUCCAAUCCCAAGAGGCCCUUCGUACUGCUGCGCUGGCGGGAGUUCUGGUUUGCGCCCGUCACCUCGUUCCUAGGCAACGUGCUGAUGUACUUCCUGUUCCUUGGCCUGUUUGCUUAUAUCCUAUUGUUGGACUUCAAGCCCCCGCCCCCUCACGGCCCAUCCACCUUAGAGUUUGUUCUCUACUUCUGGGUCUUCACCCUGGUCUGUGAGGAGUUUCGACAGACAUUCUUCAGGGGUAGCACCACUUUAUAUCAGAGAAUGAAGCUCUACAUCGAGGACAUGUGGAAUAAGUGUGACAUCACGGCAAUCUCACUCUUUGCACUGGGAAUGUGCUGCAGAAUGUUCCCGUGGUCCUAUGAGUUUGGCCGUGCUGUGUUGGCUGUGGACUACAUGGUGUUUACCCUCCGUCUCAUCCACAUCUUCGCCAUCCACAAACAGCUGGGACCCAAGAUCAUCAUUGUUGAAAAAAUGAUGAAAGACAUCUUCUUCUUCCUGUUCUUCCUGGCGGUGUGGCUCCUGGCCUACGGCGUAGCCAAUCAGGCGCUGCUCUACUCCUACGACCCCCGUCCCGGUUGGAUAUUUCGCAGAGUGUUCUACAGGCCGUACCUCCACAUAUUUGGACAGAUCCCCAUACACGAAAUGGAUGCUGAUAAACUGGAGGAGGGGAGAGAGUGCACCAAUAAUGCCACCCUGGUCGAGGCGGGAGCAGAGCCCUGCAUGAGUACCGACCACAAUUGGCUGGUGGUCAUCUUAUUGGUCAUCUUCCUGCUGGUCACCAACAUCCUCCUGGUCAACCUGCUCAUUGCAAUGUUCAGUCACACGUUCUCUGAAGUGCAGGAGCACAGCGACAACUACUGGAAGUUCCAGCGCUACAACCUGAUCGUGGAGUACCAUUCCAGACCCUGUCUGGCACCACCCUUCAUCCUCAUCUCCCACCUCCAAAUCUUCAUCAAGAGACACAUCCGCAAGAUCCCCUCCAUGAAGAUCAAACACUUUGUUCUGGAGAUCCAUGGUAGGCAGGCCAGUAGACUGAACACAUGGGAGGCCAUCCAGAAGGAGAAUAUACUGUUUGCCCAGAACAAACGAGAGAGAGAGAGAGACUCAGAGAGACUCAAACGUACCUCCGUCAAGGUGGACAGUGUAUUAAAGCAGAUGGCAGAGAUCCGGGACCACGACCGCAGGCUGAGAAUGCUGGAGACCAAGUUGGAGUACUGUUCUAGUGCCCUCUCCUGGAUGACGGAGGCUCUCUCUCAGAGUAACUUGAUAAAGACCACACGUCCUCCGCCCUCUCUCAGAGAUCUGACCCCUCUCUCUCCAACUAGCUGACCAAUGUCUGAUGGAGAAUAGUGAAAUCUAGACGUGCACACACACGCCUCUUAGCUGUCCAUCAAUGUUGAUGAUGACAAAUGUUCCUCUUGUGGAUCAGGGGUAGGUGUAUGUUAUCGCUUUAAACACACACACACACACACACACACACACACCUACAAACACUGUUACUCAGGGCCAAAGAAGGUCAAGAAAGGCCAAACAUGGACUCGAUGCUCAUUCAGCCAUCCUUUCAAUGUCGUUUUUAAGCGUUGAUCAUUUGAACUGCUGCCAUUUUGUAUGUGGACCAUUGUUGCUCUUCUAUGUUACACUUUGUUGUUCCUAUGUUGGUCUAGAAAUCUUGUUCCUGUGGGUUAUAGAAUGGAAGGACAAUCUGUUCUUAAUGUAAUAUGUACAGUCCUUUUUAAAAGGUACAAUUAAAAUUACUCUACCCCCAUAAUGACAUUAGCAAGUACAAACGCAUUCAACCUGACACAAUCACAAAAACCCACAUUGUUUGUAUGUUGCUUUUUGGUUUUGCACUCGAAAAUACGCUCCAGUAGCUGUUUUCUGCAGUCAAUGACCAAAAGCGACCUCUUUGGCCUCAUGG